CAACCUCUGCUCUCCCGAGCUUGUUCUAGAAGUGGAAGGACGGCUUCACGUCACAAACUCACAAUCUCCUCCUCCUCUGCCAUUUGAGUUGCAGUUUAACCUUAUCGUGUAUAGAGUUGAUUGAUUUCUUCUUCUGCGUGAUGGGUUGUCGAGUUUUGCUGGGUUUUCUGCUUGCAGCAGCAGCAGUCAUUGCAUCCGUGGAUUGCAACUCUGAAGGUGAUAUUCUGAAUGCCUGGAAAACCCAGUUGACCGACCCAAACAAUGUCCUUCAGAGCUGGGACCCAACUUUGGUCAACCCAUGCACCUUUUUCCACGUUACUUGCAAUUCCGAAAACAGCGUUACAAGGCUGGACCUUGGGAAUGCAAGCCUGUCAGGACCUCUUAUCCCUGAGCUUGGAAACUUGACUAACCUUCAAUACUUGGAGGUGUUUGGCAACAGACUGUCUGGAUCUAUUCCAAAUGAAAUUGGUAACUUAAGAAACUUGGUCAGCUUGGACCUCUACAAGAACAAUUUCACAGGGAGAAUUCCAAAAUCAUUUGGAAACUUGCAUUUCUUGAGGUUCUUGAGGGUCUUUAGCAAUAGCUUGACCGGACGUAUUCCUCCAAAUAUUGGCAAUUUGACAUCUUUGGAAAUCCUGGAAUUAAACAGUAACAGGCUCGCUGGCCCUCUACCAUUUGUGGUCCUUGAACUGGUUCGAUUUGGGCAGCUGAAGCAUUUGGACGUCUCAGAUAAUCUGUUGGCAGGGACUGUACACCGCACCAAUUCAACAAGAUUUCGAGUUACCACAAUAAUACAAGAUCCACAAGCUUAGAAAUAAGCGAAGCGAAGGAAGCUACUGCUAUAUAUCAAAUGAAAUCCGUAUCUCUAAAGCCCAAUAAAACCUCUACAUGUUUUGUACAUGUAAGCUUUAUACUAUUCUCUUUUCAUUUCAUAGAGAGUGAUAUCUUUUGAUCCACUCUUGGAAUUAUUGUAUUUAUAUUAAAGUCAUGUAGAGCUUAUCAAUUCCAAUUAUUUAUCAUUA